AGCUGUAGCACAACAACGACAAAUAGGAGACAAAAGACAGCAGCGGGAAUGCUAACGAUAGACGACAAGGCGCAGGCUUGUGACCCGUUGAACAAAGGUGCGUCGAAAAAGCAAGGAGCCGAUGCGUACGCGGUGCAUUCAACCGGAGUCGUCAAGAUGAUGCGCAAACGAAGUAGCGAGCCCGUCGAAUUCUGCGCGGAUGUGGGCUUCGGCAGCAGCGGCAGCGGCGUGGUCACCAAACGCAAGUUUACGGCCCACUUGAAGUUUGCAGACAUUGACGCAGCCAUGCUUCAGUGGGUUUUGGAAAAGACAUCCGAGAAGGUUCCGCUCUCUGACAGUGCCAUACAGGCGAAAGCCAAACAACUUGCACAGGUCUUGGGCACCACGGACUUCAAAGCGUCCAAUGGCUGGCUGUACAAGUUCAAGGAGAGGCACGGCUUCGCGCUCAAGAGCGGAUCCAAAGAGGAGGGAAAUCGCGGCACGCUCGAGGACAUGGGAGCAGGUGUCUGUGGUCUGGGCAACUACCACCACGCGCUUCUCGACCACGAUCCUGUCCGUGUUUACAGCUGUUGCGAGACGUCCAUUCUUUACAAGAGAGCACCAUUCGGCAACGGCUGCGAGCCCAGCCCCGAAAGCUGUUCGCCCGACGACCGGCUCACGGUGCUGCUGUGCUGCAACGCCAGUGGCACUCACAAAAUCAAGCCGCUGGUUAUCAACAGCCAGCGCGAGACCCAGGAAGUGCGUGACAACAUGACCAAAUUGCCCGUCACGUACGCCUGGCAGCGGUCGUCUUUCAUGACAAGCAACAUCUUCCAGCAGUGGCUUUGGGAGUUCGAGAAGCAGGUGGAGCACAACUCCGUGCUUAUCCUCGAUACCUGCCCUGCGCACGUGAGCGUCCAGUCGGACCGCGUCAAGUUGCUCUACGUGCAGUCCAACAUGCGCGAGCUGCAGCCUCUCUACGGAGGCGUCCUAAAUCUCUUCAAAUGCAAGUACAGGGCAGAUCUGGUGGUACACUAUCUCAAUUUCCCCGACCUGAGCAAUCGGAUCUCCAUUCUGGAUGCCCUGCUCCUUCUGGGCGAGGCCUGGAACCACGUGCCGCGUGAGACCAUCGUCAACUGCUGGGUGCGUUCGCAGCUGCUGCCAGUUCGCAUGUGUGCUGGUCGCUCACAGAAUGGCGAAAGUGACCCCAUGGACCAGCUAUGCUCGUCACUCAUGAAGGUGCGCCCCGACAUCACGCGCAAGGACGUUGAAGACUACCUGCACUGCGACGAUUCGUGCUCUACAACCUACAGCUUCAGCGAGGAGGCCAUUGAGAGCGCAAAGCCAGGCAUCACCGAGGCACCUCCUCACUCACAGUACCAGCAUGGUGGCUGUCCUACCAACCUGCGUCCUGGUGAAAUACUGGGUAUGCUUGAUAAAAUGGAGCAUUUUUUCACACACCAGGCACUGACCAGCACCACCGACUUGCUGGCGAUUCACAGCCUCCGAAGCAAAACUAUACAGAUAGCCAGCAACGACUUUCAGAUUGAAUGAUUCACCGUCUUCCUUCCUUAUUGAUCCAGGCAGCCUUUCUUUUUUUUUGACGAGGUAGCUGAAGUUACAAUGUAGAAUGGUCAGCGCUGAUAAGCCCCCAGCACUGCCGUGCCUUCUUGGCACUUAGCAUUUCUCAAUAGCCCAGCCAAUAUCACAUGUAGUUGCUGAUGCGAUAGGUGGCUCUUCAUGUCACUUGCACGGGUGGCUUGCAUGCGACUUCUCAGCAGCCAUAUUGGAGCACCACGUGGCACCGCUACUGUAUUACAUGUAAUGCUCCGCUUGUGAUGUCAGUGGUCUUCCCAAAAUGGCUGACGUAAUGUCUGUGCAAGUCAUUGUUGUCACAUGUUGACUACUUAGGUAAGGACAAACCCUAUUCCAACCAUGGAACCUGUGUUUAACAUAGUCAGGGUAGCAUCAAUACUUGAUUUAUAUUGUGUAGUAAAUAUGCACAUGUAGAUGAUCUAGGCCUCAUAAUGAGCUUUUUAUUCCAAGGGGCACCAAAGCCAUUGAAAACUGCACCCAGUUGUUGCAAUCGCAUGUUAACUCCAUCCAACUGCAAAAUGCUCUGAAGGCAUGAGGUUUUCUGGGGCACAAUCUUAUACCUGUCCUAAAUGUGAACUAACGUUUGGUCGCAUGAAUUUGGUUGAAACUCGCGCUAACAUCAGCUAUUCCUCGAUCCUUGCCUAUCUUGCGUGGCCAAAGCGCUCGUUUGUUUUUAGAAGUAGUUCAGAAUUGCAAGCCUGGGCAACUGAGACAAGGAAUCACUAUGGACAGAAAUGCAUGUUUUAUAUAGAAAUAAGUGAGCAUUCUAUAUGUCUUGCUUUUUUCAGUGGUAGUGUCUUGGCAACCAAGACCAUGGAAGCUAUGCAAUGCUUGAACAAAAAAUAUAUAUAUGUAUACAUAUCAUCAUUUGAAUUGCAUGACACUUUAAUCACGUGGUACAGGCAUUCAUGUUUUACUUUGCCCCAUUCCGGUCUUGAAUAUUUUCAGCGAGAUUAGUCUAUCUUUGAACAAGGAAGCCCAUUUGCUGACAAACUGAGCAUCUGGUGUAGUCUCAUACUUCCAUCAAGUCUUCCACUAAAAGCAAUUCAGUGCUAUUCAUUAUAGUAUAAAUUCUUUUUGGGCUCAGAAUGCAUAGCACUCUCACAAAAAAAUAUUGAACGGGGGCUAGUGGGGAAAGCUGCAUUGGCUCAGUUUUGGUGUGCUUGUAUAAAUGGUGCACAAUUAAUGCUAACUAGCAUUAAUUGUUCAUAAAUUGGUUAAUUAACUAAAGGUUUGUCCAAAGGAUGAACAUCACCUAUUUAUUUUUUUUAGUUGUGCCUGAACGUCAUCAGUAGGUUACAUAUUUUUUUUAUUAUAAAAUGGCACAGAACUGAUUGGACAUUGCUCCUGCUCUAAAUCAUUUUAACAAGGAGAGAAUCGUCGCUAUUUAGUGAGUGAACAGUGCAGCUUGCAGACGGUCCACGUGCCCACGUUACAUCCAUGCUGUACAAAGCAUGUUUUAGCAGCUUUUUGUAUUUCAAUGUUAUAAAUACAGUACCAGUAAUCAUCCGAAUUUAAAUUUCUUUACUGCUGCUCUCCUUGUUGCCCCAUCUUAGUUUAUUGACUUUUAACAUCAUUCCAACUGCUGGAUAUUGAGAAAGUAGAAACAGCAGCUGUUGAAGUAUACAAACGUUUUUUUUUUUGUCAAUUGAGCAUUUUAGUCAGGUAUCAAUAAUGCCAGGACCAUGCCACUAAGUAUUAUUUUUGUAGUCCUCUUAAGUUCCUAUUGUUUACACCAGUGAGUUGUCACUCAUAUAACCACAGGCAUUUUACAUUCAUAUUGAAUAUCUCUCUCUAUCGUUUUUGUAUACGUUCCUAUGUUUGUUUCAAAAAAUGACUAGUGUACGCAUUUUGUUUUCUCGUGGCAUUAUUAUACAUUGUUCCUCAUUUUACCAUGGUUUUUAUGUGCGCAAUUAUACUUGUCUUGUAAUGAUGGAUCUUUUGUUACACUUCUUUUUUCCUGUGUGAUUGAUUAUUGUGCCUGCAAGAUUAUUUUUACUGUGUAAAAUCUGCAGCUCCGAGACGAGAAUGCAGGUUGUAGAUCACAAGUCUGCUUAAUUGUAUGGCAGCAAGAUGAUAUGGCUGCUACAUAAUCUGUUUGCUGGUGAUAGGCUAACAACAGAUAUCACACAUCAAAGCUUAUCGCUUGGAAACUGUAUAUAACGUCCUAAAUACCAAAAUCUAUGCAGCAACUUAAAUACAAUGUUUUAGCAUUACCGGGCAGCCACGUGCAAGAAAGAAUUCACGCAAAGGUGUCGUGCUAGUGGCUUUCUACAUGCAUGUAGUUUUCAUACAGAAUUUACAGCAUUUAGGGAGUAGUUAUCUAUGCAGUUUUAUCUGUUUUGACCCACACAAAUUUACAUGAGCUGUGGGCACAACUAACUAUGCCAAGCUACGCUGAACAUCGAAAAAAAAAAAAAAACAAUACAACUGACAAACCUGUUUAAUGCUCUUGCAUUGUGCAACAACACAUGCUAGUUUUUUAGAGUAGAUUUUUGUAGUAGGCACACCUAGUGCCUCUCAAGGACUGUCCAAAAUUGUACAUUACACAUAUCAUUUUAUCAAAAAAAAGCUUUCGCUAUUUUUUUUAAUUUCCGAGAACAUAUCGAAAAUAUCACUUUAAACCUGAACCCUGCGUGCUUACGUAGAUGAAAGAAUGCUUGUUAGAUUUAUUCUUCUAAUGAGUAUCUUGCACAUUUAUUUGUGUAGUUGGAUAUGCUGCACUUUUAAAUUUUCUAGCGGUGUACUGCAUCACAAAUCAACUACAACACCAACUGUGGUGCAUGUGAUGCCUAGUGUGCUGUGCAAAUAAGCACACUUAUGUUUUAUGCAAGGUCUACAAGCGUGCAACUUAAUGGCGGGGGGAAGGGGGAGGGGGGUUAUUUCUUUUCUUAGUCAUGUUUGUAUUCACAGGCUAUCUUAUGUUGCAUUUCUGUGAAACAUACUUGUAGUGUUCAGAGUGCACCAAAUAUUUUACUUUUGUUUACUUCAAGGUCACAGCAUUCAUAUCUUAGCUGUCACAGUUUUUGACACUUUUGUCAUUCACUGCUAUUCCACCUGAGGGGUGAUUUCAAGUAGGUAUUGUUUUCUGUUGAAAUAUCCUUAUCUUUUUUUUUCCAAGUUACAAGCUUGUUUGGGGUACAGAGUGAAAAAGAAGUUACAAUAUGUUUUGUUUUCUUAUGCAGACAUUUCUUCAUUUUUCUCAUUGUUACUUGCUCGCUGCUACCAAAGAAGUGUUUACAAACUACAGGGGCAUCAUUGGGCAUAACUUUUAUGUCAGAAUGUUUUAAAGUGUGUUGUACUCAUGUGUACUUUGCAUUGUUACCUUAGCACAUCUCAUUAAAACAUUGCAAAAUUUUGUUUCCUACAAGACACGUUCAUUGCAAGCUCAUCUCGCAUUGUAUGUACAAAAACUGUGUGGCCGCAUUACAUGCCAAGCAUGUAUCUACAAAUUUAGAGCCAAAUCAAAACUUCGUCUGAACAUUGUAGAUGUGUUGAACCUGUGCUUUCGUAUCGAGUUGUGCUUCUGCAAGUGGCAGAGCAACACAUUAUGUGCAAAAAGGGAGAUAUAUGACCCUUCUGCUCCAUAUUACCAUUGACAUCAAUUGCCUCGGAAUACUCUUUAUAGUUCAGGUGGCGCACAAACACUAAUCUUAAAUUUAGCGAUUUGAUUAUUGGUGGACAAUAUAAAAUUAUAUGGAUGGUGAAUUGGAGCCUCAAUUCUAAACAGUCAAGCUGUCGGAAGCCUGCUGAAAGCCUCUAAAUUUACUGCAUUUUUGAUGCUGUGUAAUUGGUAGCUGGUAGCAAAACAGGGAGAACUGCGCUGAAAUUUAAAAACAUAGAAAGACAGGCGAUGACAGCGUCUGUCGUCAUCUGUCUUCAGUCGUGGUGGUCUAAAUUAGUGCAGUUUUUCUUUCUCUACACAAUGAACCAAAUUGCCUAAAUCUUAGCCCCGAUAGCUGGUAGACUGUAUAUCUGAACAGCAACAUGAAGCUAAAGUCGGACCAAGUAGCAAUUUUAUUCUAUUGCUUGCCUCUAACAUAAUAAAUGUUGCUUUUGCAUUGGAUCAAAACAACUAGGAGGCUAUUUUCACUAUCUCAGUGUGCUGCACAUGCACUCAUAUUCAGCUAUACUUAACGUUCAAAUUAAUAUUCUAAGAUCCAUGUACUUGCGUGUUUUCCUUAGCAGAUUCUUAGUUUAUCAACACAGCAGGAAAUUGACAAGAAUCAGUUCUCUUUGCGUGUAUCACUGCAAAUAAACAUUUGCAUAAUAUUUACUAUUGAAGUAGCCUUAAUUGAGGUCAUGAAAUUUGAUGUACAUUCCAAAAAAAUGCAUUCUGAUCAACGUUGACAGCUCUUUCUGAGCUUGAAACGAGUUGCAUAAAUGUUGAGAUGCAGCCCCGCGUCCCUUGUCUCCCUUUUUUUUUAGCACCCGCAGUAGCUGUUCAUUCCGCAGCACUACUACAAAGACGAAUCAAAGUUCUGAGCUUUGGAUAAAAACCUCUGGCCUUAGUAUGAUAAGCUAGCAAUCUUCCAGUAGGGUUGCUGUGGAUUUUUGCCUGCUUGUGAGAGGCUGCUGUCUUGUAUGUUGCAUUUUGAGAAAGUAAUGAGCAAGCGAUAGAUUUACCAAGCUUGCACUUUAAUGUGGUAGUUGGGAGUGGUUCGUUAGAAGUUGAUGUAACUAGUGACUGUAGGAGGAUAUUUAGCAGCUGGAAAAAUGUGUGCCAAAUUGUUUUGUGCUGUUUGGGUACAAGUUACCAUUCCUAGACCUGCAUGUUUUAUGCAGACUGUACUGUACAUAGCAGUCAUUGCCUACUGUAGCUUGUGAAGCUUGUAUACUCUAUGCAUAGCCAAGGUGUGUAUGACAUAUGCCUUAGUUUUGUUUGCCUUCUGCAUCUUUAACUGGCUUGCUUUUGAGGAACCUCAGGUGAGCAGUCGCAUAUAUUGCUCUUGCCCUCCGUUAAUGCACUGGUGUUCAUUUUCCUCAUUUCGGGGGGAAAAGGCACUUAAAUCAAGUUCAUCCAUUGCAUGCAGUACCUUAUUUUUUAAUUUCUUUUCAUGUUCUUUGAAAUGUGUUUAGAAAUACUGAUUCAGGCCUAAGCACACACAAAUCAAAAAGGCUUUCUUGGGCCUGACAAAGCCAGACAAAUUUUUGAUAUGAUUGAUACCUCAGUAUCCCGAUUUAUACUUGACAAAACUUGCCAUAAGACCCAUUACAGUAUACUUGAUAGGCUGAAAGAUCUCUAUUCAUGUAGCUCAUUGAACUGUUUCCAAAAAAAAAAAUUUUAUACUUUUUUUUUUCUCCUUGAGGGAAGGAUACACAAGUAUGCUUUAUACUGUCAGAUAUAACGGUGAAUAGCCUAUGAUAUUCUGCAAUGUAAAUGGCUUUUCAAAGGUAAGCUUGCAGAACUCCUGUGCUUUGCAUAUUAGUGAAAUAUGGUUAGAGUACGAAAUUGCUUGUACAUAGAAGUUUCCAUUAAAUUUUGUUAGGUGCAAAAGCAAAAGAUGAGCCAUCAAUCAAAUAUUCUUGAGCCCUUUUUUCUUGCAUGUAUUUGGUUAUUUGCUUCUACUUUAUUUUUGAUAGUUGCUGCUAUCUGGUCAGCCUUGUAUAGAGAACAAGGUGUUUGUUCUCAUCAGUUCUCAUUGAGCUUCAAAAAUUGAAAGCCAGCUACAUUUCACCCAAAAGAGGCCUGCCUAUUGGCACUGGGCAUCAACACAAAAUAUGCAAUUUAACAUUUUAUAAUAAAAGCCUUUUCAUGCAGCUACUGCAUGCAAACAGAAGGGACUACUGCAUUUUUUUUUUCGUGCUGAGACUGCAGCUAGGUGAAUUAUGUGGAAUGCACACAUUCAAAGUGUAGGAUGCUUUAGACAUCAAGCAAUAUAACUCUACCGCUGCUAUAUGUGUGAAGGCUUUGUCCAAAUGAUAUAAUUCAUUGCACUUGUAUGUCUGUUUUUAAAAAUGAAACCUUAGAGUUAACUUGUGAGGCACCUUUUAACACCAUCUUGCAUGGGCACGUACAGGAUGAUAUACAAUUGGGAGAUAUGCUUCAUAGUACUGUGCCAGAUAAAAUUUCAGAUCUUUUAUGUUGAGUAAAAAAAAAAAAGCUAACAAUAUGACCUUUUCGGUUACCUGCGGUAGUAAAUUAGCGUGCUCUGCUUUAUGACAAAUUUCUGCUUCUAAGGACAUUCAAAUGCUCACAAGGUGUUUCCUUAAGUGUAUCUUUGCCGCAUGCGAAAGGUCUUUUUGUGAAAUUUUUGUUGGACACUUAUGGGAAAUGUGCAACUCGUCAAAUAUUCCCACUGCUCUUGGUUUCGUGCCAUUAUUAUGGCGCUCUUCAGAAAAGCUGUUCAUGUCGUUAUUGUGUGACAAUGUAUUUAAUUUGUACUAGCUGUUAUACAUGCCUAUUUCAUUGUAAUGGUAAUCUUGCAACAUAAUACUUAUACUUACUCCUAAACAUUGCUGUGUGGUAUUACUGCAAAUGCUUGUGUCCAACCUUUUCUUUUUGUGCUUCUAAGCUGGGCUAUGUUGAGCAUAUUAACAUUCUAGACAACAGGACAGAUGCUGAAUUUGCACUGCAUUUUUUCCCUCCGAAUUGGUACUAGUGAUUUUUAUAAGUGCAAUAAUGUAGUGCUUUUUUUCCUCUGCAAAAAAAAAAAAACAAAAAAUUAGACCAGAUUAGUCCAAGAGUUCUCAAAAAAGGUGUAUGCAUGCUUCAAGAAAGCACAAACAUACGUCCUAGGCCUGGUCUGCUCAACUAUGCACGUGCUUGCUUAGCUGAACAGCUGCUCUAUCAAUACUGCAGAAGUUCACCAAUAUGUUUCUAGCUAAGAAGCUUUCUUGGUUGCAUUUUCAGUGUAGCCCAGUUUCUGCGAAAUACUAGAAGAAUUCCACUAGAACUUUUUGUGUCACAGUCAAACAUUCAUUUGCCUUGAACAAAAAUUUCCACUCAUGAGAACUAAUUCAUGACCCUUUAAAUUUGUAACUUAGCCACAUAGUACAAGGCAAAUGGGCAUUUGUGGUUGGUUAGUUGUGCAUAAUGACAAAAAUUACCAUGAAAUAGUGUUAAAGUGAAUUUUCCCUACACAAUUGCAUGGAAUGUUUCCCUAUAUUCAGUUUUAACUAUGCUAAAGCUGGUACAAAAGCAGAGCUGGACUAUGCACAGUGUUAGCACAGUCCUCCAAUGCUUGGAGGACUCUUGUGUUAGCUAUGCACUGCUUCCUGCCAUCUGAAGCAAUGGUAAGCAAUCGUGCACCUUCUUUAAACUGCACAUACUUCUCAGCCUUCCUAGUUAGUGCCUCUGUUAUGCUUUUUUGUAGCCCAUUUUUGAAACUCUAGUGUGAGUGGAUGGCUAAGGGAUAAUUUACCUGUUUACAAUGUAACAUGUCUCAUAUAUUUUACGACAAGCAAACAACAGACAGCAUCCCUAUAAUCAUGUAUGUGUAAUUUCGUGUUCCAUUGUUUUAACUUAGCAAAUGUUGGCAUUAACUUUACUUACACUGUUGCAUGAAAUGUUUUUGGCUUGCUGCAACUUCCCUGUAACCAGUAUAUGUUAAGUUCAGUGGCGAAAAUAAAGACACUGGAAGGCACCAA